AUGCCCUUAGGUCUCCAACAGGACUCUGACCUCGUCUUCGCCCCCUCCUCGACGACGACAGCCACCACGACGACCGACGGAUCGGCGGCGUCCGCGAGCGACUUUGCGCCCUCCCCGGAGCAUCGCCAUGCCGGUUGGACGGGCCGUCGCUCGGAUAGCAGUAGUGCCGGGCUCGCAACUCAACAGAACAUGACCAACCAGGAAGAUGUCGAGGCUGAGGGCCGACCGCCAUAUCUCCAUGCCAUGAUUGCGGGUGGCAUCGGAGGAUCGACCGGCGAUUUGUUGAUGCACUCUCUCGAUACCGUAAAGACAAGACAGCAGGGCGACCCUCACGUUCCGUCGAAAUACACGUCGCUGGGACAGUCCUAUUACACCAUAUGGAGGCAAGAAGGUAUCCGGCGGGGUCUGUACGGCGGCUGGAUACCUGCGCUCGGAGGUUCAUUCCCAGGCACCGUAAUGUUCUUUGGCACAUAUGAAUGGAGCAAGCGAUUCCUCAUAGAUCAUGGCGUGCAACAGCAUCUGUCCUAUCUAUCAGCAGGCUUCCUUGGAGAUUUAGCCGCCUCCAUCGUCUACGUCCCAUCCGAGGUUCUAAAAACCCGACUUCAGCUCCAGGGCCGUUACAACAACCCCCAUUUCAUAUCGGGCUACAACUACCGAGGCACUCUCGACGCUGCCCGCACCAUUGUCCGUACUGAGGGUGUUCCUGCUCUCUUUCACGGCUACAAGGCCACCCUCUACCGUGAUCUGCCCUUUUCGGCCCUCCAGUUCAUGUUCUGGGAGCAGUUCACCACAUGGGCCCGCAAGUACAAGCAAAGCCGUGAUAUUGGCGUCUCCCUCGAGCUCCUCACUGGCGCUGCGGCUGGUGGCCUUGCCGGUGUCAUCACUUGCCCCCUCGAUGUCGUCAAGACACGGCUUCAGACCCAGGUCAAUACUCCAGCCGAGACCCGGGCCUCCAAGGAUCACCACGCUUCUUCCCAAGUCCGACACAUCUCAACAUCUUCUCCAAACACUCACCGACCGCGACCCGGCGCCAUCGCCCUAGAGACCUCGUCUGUCUUUACCGGCCUGCGAGUCAUCUACCGCACCGAGGGUGUGGCAGGUUGGUUCCGCGGCGUCGGACCGCGCGGUGUAUGGACAUUUAUUCAGAGCGGCUGCAUGCUGUUCUUGUACCAACGACUCCUUCGACAGCUCGAGGUGCUAAUACCCCUCGAGCACGAAGAAAUGUAG